UUGUUUCUACUCUCUCUCUCUCCUUAAUACUAUGUACUCAAAAAACUAACAACUUAAACAAUUGAAAACACGACGCCAAUGAAUUGCAAACAAGUUUGGAAACAGCAAACACAGGACAAAAUGCUGACAACACCGCGGCCAGAGAAAGAAGAUACGGAGCAGCUCAACAGAAAUGUGAAUAUUCUACUGAAUGAGUGGGAUGAGCUGCGCUGUUUUGAACCGAUGAACCAAGACGCACUCCCACUGUCCAGCACUAUUAGCGACAUAUAUUUGAACGUCCGCGAUGAAGCAGAGCCGGCAAGCACUUGCCUAACUCCUGUCAGCGUUGCCAUGGAUAAGGACAUGGACUUGAGCAUGGUGGCUAAUAAAGGUUCCAUGACAAUUUCCGUGGAUGUAAGUCAGAGUUUGUCUUAGUCUA